AAAAGUAUUAUGCUCACUAUCCAAAAUUUAGAUACAGAAGAAAUAAUUGGAGAGAAAUAUAUUCUACUAAAAAAAAAAUUUUAGGCUUUGUAAAUAAUUGUCUAAUAAAAUUAGGGAGCUUUUUCUAAAGUUUAUGAAGGAAAUAAUGAAUAGAAAGUCGGAUUAAAGUUCCUCAAAUUUUGCCAUCAGAGACAAACGAUUAAUUAUUUGAG